AUGCCAUACCAUUCUUUUCCUGUGCUUAACCAGCAGUUUAUUGUUGAUUCAAAAUACGAAUUCAUACGCGAAUUAGGCCAAGGAGCUUAUGGUGUUGUUUGCGCAGCUAAAAAUACCGAGACAGGAGAGCAUGUUGCGAUCAAAAAAGUCACAAAGGUUUUUGAAAAGAAUAUUUUGGCCAAACGCGCUUUGCGGGAGUUUAAGAUCAAAUUUCAUGCGAUAUCACGUCUACUGUUAAACAGUUACCUAUUCCAAGAACUUAUGGAAGCAGAUCUUCAUCAGAUCAUACGCUCCGAACAGCCAUUGACUGACGCACAUUUCCAAUACUUCAUAUAUCAAAUCUGCCGAGGUUUAAAAUACAUCCAUUCGGCAAACGUUCUGCAUAGGGAUCUGAAACCUGGAAACUUAUUGGUAAAUGCGGAUUGUGAGUUGAAGAUCUGCGAUUUUGGCCUUGCUCGAGGAUUCUCCGAUUCACCCGAUCACAAUGCCGGUUUUAUGACCGAGUAUGUUGCAACUCGGUGGUAUCGGGCCCCAGAAAUAAUGUUGAGCUUUCAAAAUUAUACAAAAGCUAUUGACAUGUGGUCUGUCGGUUGUAUUUUUGCUGAGAUGCUCGGUGGCAAGCCAUUAUUUAAAGGACGGGAUUAUGUUGACCAGUUGAACCAAAUAUUGGGAAUUUUGGGUACGCCGGAUGAAGAGACUUUAAGAAGGGUUGGAAGCGAAAGGGCUCAGAUAUAUAUCCGUAGUUUGCAAAAAAAGACAAAAACACCUUUUUCACAACUUUACCCCAAAGCUAAUCCGCUUGCUCUCGAUUUACUGGAAAAACUUCUCAAAUUUGAUCCUGCUACAAGAAUCACGGUUGAACAAGCAUUGGCACAUCCAUAUCUUGCCGCAUAUCAUGAUGAGGAGGAUGAGCCGACACACGAGCAUAUAUUUGAUUUUUCUUUUGAAAGCGUUGACCAAAUAGAUGAUAUGAAGAAAUUAAUCGCCCGAGAAGUAAUGAACUUCAAAGCCUCUAAACAAGCCUUAAUGUUAAAUAGUUCGCAGAUGGGACGUAAAUCAAGCUUGUCAGCCCCUGAUCGCGACACGAUAGCUCAAUCCCAACAGAACAAUCGCAAUUCCUUGUACGAAUAUGGUGCAGCUAGUCAACAUGCAGCUAUCCCUUCUGAUAGUAUGGAAGUGGAUGAGUUGGAAAAAGAGCUUGAUCAAGGAUUUGAAAAUCCGACAUCUAAUUUAUCUGCUUUGACAAUUAAAGGAAUUUUAGUAGAUUAG